AUGCUCAGUGCACGGACCGCCCUGGUGCUGCUGCUGCUCUGCACCCUGUCCCCACGCUGCACAGAAGCUACUCGCACACCUGUAGAAUGCUGCUUCCAUUACAUGAAACAUGUUCUCCGACUCGCCGUCCUGAAGAACUUCUAUGAGACCCCCAAGGAAUGUUUCUAUCCAGCAAUUGUGUUUGAGACUAAGAAGGGGGCCAAGAUUUGCGUAGACCCAGAGCAGCCCUGGGUGGCGAAGAGAGUCAUGGAACUUGAAAAGAAGAUGACUCGUCACGCGCCGUGAUCUGGGCCAGAAAACCCAGUUCAGGCUACCCRUCCUUCUGGUGGAAAGACUCAGACUCCGUCUCCUAGAACAGGGCUGUGGCAAGUUUGGGAUGCAGACAGAUGGCACCGGCCCCACAGCG